CUGGUGAUCAGUUGCACUGAGUAAUCGUGGCUGUGAAGUGAGUAAUUGUGGCUGUGCGGCUUCGUUGCCAUGAAGCAGCCAUUGGUAAUCGUUUACCAAGACUCAGCAAAGGCGUCCUUCUAUCUAUAUAACGCCGUUAUCUGACUGAGUUACAAUAAUACAACUAUCAUACUAUUCCAUUCCUCCUCCCGAUUUAUUUAACAUGGCACCCGUCACCAACGGACGCGUUUUGUUCAACGAGAUCCCCACAGACUAUCCGAUCCCGGGGAAGACGAUCGUGUACGACACAACGCAGAAAAUCGACCUUGACACGGUGCCGCUGCACGGCGGGAUGCUGGUGAAGAUGCUCGCGGUGUCUGUCGAUCCGUACCUGCGAGGACGCAUGCGGGACCCUACGAUCGAGUCUUUCAUGCCAGCGUUCGAGAUCGGCGAAUCGCUCUGGAGCGGCGGCGUCGCCGUCGUCCUGCGCUCGGAAGUCGACGCCGCGCCGGCCGGCACCCACCUCCUCGGCUACCUCCCACACCAGCAGUACGCGGUCCUCCCGGGGCUCCGCAUCGACACGACCAUCUACGCGCUCGUGCCGAUCGAGCGGUUCCCAGGCGUCUCGUGGUCGUCCUACCUCGGCGCGGCCGGCAUGCCAGGUGAGACCGCGGUAUAUGGGUGGCGUGAGUAUUCCAGGGCGAAGAAGGUCGGUGCGAUUGGCGAAGUCGUGUUCGUCACCACCGGUGCUGGACCCGUCGGCUCGAUGGUCAUCCAGCUCGCGAAACAGGACGGCCUCAAGGUGAUCGCGUCGGCGGGCUCGGACGAGAAGGUCGCGUUCAUGCAGUCGCUCGGCGCGGACGUCGCGUUCAACUACAAAACGACGGACACAUGGGAGGUCCUGAAGAGAGAGGGUCCGAUCGAUAUAUACUGGGACAACGUCGGCGGAGACUCGCUGGACGCUGCGAUGGAGUACGCGCGCAGCCACGCCAGAUUCAUCGAGUGCGGCAUGAUCGCGAAUUACAACGGAGCGCCCCUCCCGAUCAAGAACCCCGGUCACAUCGUACCCAAGUCGCUCUCGUUCUUCGGCUUCCUCGUCGCGGACCUGCGCGCCAAGUGGGUCGGCCUGUUCGAGAAGGAGAUCAUCCCGCAGCUCGCGCGCAGAGAGCUGAAGCAGCUGGAGGAUAUCAACGUCGGGCUGGACAAGGUGGGCGAGGUCAUGCUCGGUGUCAUGAAGGGCACGAAUACCGGCAAGACGGUCGUCAUGGUGGAGUAGGGGCACAGGGAUCGGCGCCAGCUGGAGACCGACGUUUUGGGCAUGCCAAACGGGCAUUCCCCCGCGCAAACGGGCAUUUGAUGGGCAUUUGACAGGUUUGGCUUGAAAUUGAUGCAAUCAGGCAUGCAUGCCCGUUUGCGGGCAUGCCAAGCCAACAUUUUGGCAUGCCUCAGGCCAUAAAUAAUUUGUAUUUACUUGUUGUAGGCUUCCCUAUGGGCUGUAUUUAAGCAUGUCAGGCCUACCAAUGCACUUAGCAAUGAUGUCUCGAG